AACUGAAUUCGGAUCAGGUGGAAAGUCAGCUGAUUCCAGUACUCACAGGAAGAGGAAGUCCUAUUUCAACAAACUAGUCAUGUAUAAACAGCUAACUCAUUUUUGCCCUUGUUUUAUGAACUAAAAAAAGACGCCGAAGAUGUUCGGGGGAGACGAUGAAGAGGGGGACUUCUUGUCUCCCACCGGAGGGGCCAAGUUGGCCUCCCUGUUUGGACUACACCAGGAAGGCAGUCAGGGGAACGAGUCCUUCCAGUACACAGCACCGAAACAGCCCAGAAAGAGCUCCAAUUCAGUGCCAGCCAAUCAGAAGCCAGCUCCAGCACCUGCAGCUCCUGCAGUGUUAUUUGCCACAGCAGUCCAAACCUUCAGAUAUAUUAACGGGCAGUAUGUGAAGCAGGGGAAGUUGGGAGCAGCCGUACUGGGCAACCACACAACAAAAGAGUACAAGCUGCUUCUGUACUUGAGCCAACAGAAACAAGUGGCCGCUGCCAAGAUUCAUGUGGGCUUUGUUUUCACGGUACAGCCAAACAAUUACUGCACCUUCUAUGAUGAGCAGAGGCAGAACUGGUCCCUGAUGUUUGAAUCAGAGAAGGCUUUAUGGGACUUCUGCAAAGAGGUGUGUUUGGCGAAAGCGAACACCGAAGUCUCCUUAGAUGCUGUGGUGGUUCAGGAUCUGAGUCUUGGUGAGGGCCAGGCAGUGGAGAAUGGAGACUCAGUGGAGGUGGUGUACACAGGCUGGCUCCUGCAGAACCACGCCAUCGGACAGAUGUUUGACUCCAACCAGAACAAGGACAAGUUGCUACGCCUGAAAGUUGGAGCUGGAAAAGUGAUCAAAGGCUGGGAGGAAGGGAUGCUUGGGUUGAAGAAGGCAGGCCGUCGCCUCGUUGUCAUCCCAGCCAACCAAGCUUACGGAUCCAAGGGAGUCCCCAACCGAGUCCCGGCUAACAGCACUCUUGUUUUUGAAACGGAGCUUCGACGGGUGAAAUUUUGCACGGACAAUGGGUCUGUUAGUGGUAGUGCCAGCUCCAGAGACUCUGCUGCUCCCUCCCCGAUUCCUUCCCCGGCCCCCAGUGUGGAGAAUCUUGCCCCAGAGCCCCCAGUACAGACGACCGCCACCGGUCCCGGUAGACCAGGAGAACCACCACUUCGUGCAAAGUCAAACUCACUCAGUGAACAGUUGACAAAUCCAGACGCCACAAAGGCCAAGCUGAUCUCUCGCAUGGCAAAGAUGGGCCAGCCCAUGUUGCCCUUUCUGACAGGAGUGGCCAGCCAGCCCGAAUCCAGUGAUUCUGAGCUCGAGGACACCAGUGGCAGCCGAGCAAAGGACCGGCCUGCAGCUCCAUCUCCAGUGCAGCUCUCCACUGCUGCACACGUAUAUCCUUAUCCUCACACUGCUGCACCUUCUGCCUUACUUCCUUUUAUGACCACUGUUGCCCCACAGCCUGGGCUGUCAAGCAGCAGCCAUGCCUUUCAGCCUUACUCCUACACACAGAGCUCUGCGGCUCCAUCUCAGCUGCAGCCUGUUGGGCAGGUCUACCCUGCACAAACCAUCCCAUACAUGGGCUCCAGUGAUGUGACGUCCUUCUUGAUGACUGAAGCCCGACAACACAACACAGAGAUCCGGUUAGCUGUCGGGAAAGUAGCAGAUAAAGUUGAUCAACUGACCUCAAAGAUGGAUGACCUUCAAAGGCAGGGGAGUCUCUCCAUGGCUGUUCCUAGUAUGUCAAUGGAAACCUCCAUGAUCAUGCACAACAUCCAAAGAAUUGUCCAGGAAAAUGAAUGUUUAAAGAAGGAAGUCUUUGAGAAAAGUUCUCGCAUUGAGGAGCAAAACCGUAAAAUCGGGGAGCUCAUCAACCAGAACCAGAGGUAUGUGGAGCAGAGUAACCUGCUGCUGGAACAGAGGAACGACUCCCUCAAGUCCACCAGUGAACACAACCAGGCCAGAUUACUGCAGGUUGAGCAGGACAAGGUCCGUCUGACAGAGGACCUGGCUUCGUCCUUGGCCCAGCUGUCUCAGCUGCAUCUAGAAGCUACAGAUCAGCAGCAGAAGGCAUUGGUGCUGCAGAGUCAACUGAGCUCAGCGCAGCAGGGCAGCGAGAGGCAUUGCCAACGCAUCGCUGCCCUGGAAGCACAGCUGGAAGAGCUGAAGGAGGCAGCAGAAAGGACUCAGGCUCAGUACCGCUCAGAGAAGCAAAGACGCAAAGAGAUGGAGCUGAGAGGCAACAACAUGGAGGAGGAAGUGCAGGACCUGAAGGCUGAUAAAGAGAGCCUAGAACGAACUUUUUCAGAGAGGAAGAACAAGUGGCAGACUGAGCGUCAGCGUCGGGAUGAGGAGGUGGAGGAGCUCCGUAAGAGCAGCCAGCAGGAGGUGGACAACCUUCGCACUCAACUCCGCAAUGCCAGGACCAGCACCGACAGCGCUGCAUCUGAACAGGUGGCGUUUGUUCCAGCCGAGACUGAGGAGGAGUGGAAGGGGAAGUGUGAGCAGAUGUUGGCCUCUGCUAAAGAGCAGCCACAUUCGACGCUGACUGAGCUGACGGAGCACAGGGAUGCUCUGCAGGACCAGCUAACCCAGCUACAGGAGAAGUUUACAGUUCUGAAGCAGUCCAGAGAUUUAGAAGAACAGACUUUGCUCCAACGCCAAGGGGAGACUGAAGAGCUGCAAGUCCUUCAGCAAAAAUACACAGCCUUGGAGCAUCAAGGAGUAGCAGUAAGGGAGAAACUGGACAGAAGAGUGGCUGAACUGGAGAAGAAGCUGGUAGAGGAAGAGAGCUCAGGAGACACUUCAGCAGAGGUGAAGCGUGUGAUGAACGGAGUGUUUCAUUCUCUGCGAGGGGAGUUUGACCUCGGUGAGUCUUACAGUGGCCAAGCAGUGCUGGGGGUGAUUGUCACGACUAUUAAGAAUGUAACCCUGCAGCUGCUGGGUGGCACAGACGGAGCUUCACUGGGACAGAGUGAGGAGGAAGAGGAGGAAGAAGAAGAAAAUGAUGAUGUGAAACAAAGACAGGGGACCGUACAGAAUGUACAUGUGAACGGUGAAGGAGAAGUCAGAGAAGAAAAAGAUAUUGAGGCCGAUUCAGAUUCUCGCCAAGUCAUUGAGAUCCAGAUGGAUCCGGAAGUAGCAGCAGAGAAGGAGACGGAGACAGUGACUGGGUCAAAGACACAAAGCCAGGCAGAAGCAUUAGAGGCCGCAGAACCGAGACAGCAAGAGACAGAAGAGUCGGAAGUAGAGCAGGAGACGGCAGUACACCCUGUUCCUGAAAUCUCUACGGAGGGGAAACACAGCGAGAAGUCUGCAGAUCUCGAUGAUGAACCUGAGGAGAGUUCACCACCUGAGGAUGGACAGGAAACUGUGUCAGAAAUGUAUUGUGAGCCUGUAGGAGAAAUGCAUGGGGCUUCUGAGAAAGCCUUUGGACCCCCAGCCAACCCACCUCCACCGCCAAACAGCUCAAGAGAGGACACAAGUCUGACUGGGAGAAUGGGUGAGGAAAAUGGAGAGGAGCCAUUUUUCCAGAACACAACUCCUGCCAAACCCCCUGCAGCACCCACCGAGGAGGAAGAGGAGGAUGAGAUGAGCUUGAAGGGGCGUCCCCCCCCCUGCCCUCUCUUCGGUGACGAUGAGGAAGAUAAAGAUAUGGACUGGCUGAACUGAUAUCAUACAAGUCUGCCUCCAACACUGAAAAAGGCACGAGGUGCUUCAACAGCUGUCUCUGUGUAGAGGAGCGGUCCGACAGACACAGCUACGAGUCCAUUAAUUAUGUGAUAUCCGUUGGUGAUGUAUUUCAAUCCCAAUUCUUUUACAUUGAACUGUAGCAGAUUAGUCUGUUGAUUCAGCAGAAAUCAUGUGGUUUUAAUUAUUAGCUUGCUGCUUUAAGAAUAGAACUUUUACACACUUUUGCUAACCUGAAAUUCCUUCCAUAAAAUAAAUGACACGUAAAUUGUG